AUGUCACACCAACUGCCUUAUAGAAAAGAUAGUUUAUAUAAGAACAUUAUUAGUGUCAAUGCUGACUUAACACUCCAUAAACUCAUCUGUGGUCCUGGUGGUGUCCACACAGAUCAUAUUAGUGGUCUUCAGACGCACACCCGAGCCCGGCCUACAGGCCCAGCCCCCCCAUUUCCGGAGCCUGCGCCCCGGACCCCGCGGGGGCCGAUCCCAGGGGAAGGCCUGGCUUCCUCUUCCUUCCGGGCCUGCCCCACCUCCGCCGCGCUCCUCGGCCGCCAGGGGCCCCGGGCCGAGACGGGAGAAGGGCACCCACCUGGUCGGUGUCACAUGCUGCUGCCUCGGCCCCAGCGUCCCCUCCAGGUCCCGGCGCCGGCCGCAGUCCCCGGUGCCGUCCCCAGCGCAGGCCCGGCCGCCCCACCCGCGGCCCGCCCCUGGCCGCCCGACGUGAGGGAGGGAUCGGGUUCUCCUAGGAAGUUUCAGGUGAGGAAACAGGGACACACCUUCCCGGAGGAGGGGCAGGGCACCUCCGCGCGCGAGCCCCAUUGGUGUGAAAGAAGCUCCCGCGUCAGAGCUGGGAAGUGCCCGGCCGGCGGGGAGGAGAGCCCGGGCGCACGGGCCAGGCCGCGGGCCGUCCCGGGAGCCCCGAGGGCGCGGUGCGCGGGCGCAGAGAUGGAUGGAUACACUGAGGAUCCCAUUGUGUAG